AUGGCUCGCGCCCCCGUAUCGCGCGCGCGUGACGUCCAUCUCUCGCGAAUCGCCGACGCCGACGCGAUCGACACGGCGACGGCGACGGUUCGGCGAUCGGCGCACCGCGUCGCCGUCGACGGACGGGCGAUGACGUACGGGGCGACGGCGCGCGCGGCGGCGGCGGCGGACGACGGCGCGGUCGUCGCGCGCGCGACGUCGGGGACGACGACGCGGCGCGCGCGCGGCGGUGGCGCGGCGGCGCGCGCGGCGGUGGUGUUGAGCGCGGCGGUGGUGUUGAGCGCGGCGGUGGUGUGGCGCGCGACUGUGGCCUCGCGCGCGGCUUUGGCGUCGACGACGGGCGCGAGGGUGGGGGCGGGAGACGCGGGCGCGGGCGCGGCGGUCGGAGACGCGGGCGCGGGCGCGCUCGGGGGCGCGUUGGCGUUUCCCGCGGUGGGAUGUCCCGCGAGCGCGGUGACGGUGAAGGCGCGUCUUCACGACGUGUACGGGAAAAAGAUCCGCGUGAAACUGCCAAAGAAGUGCGUAAAGUAUGUGGGAUGUGUGGGCGGGGACACGGUGGACGUCGACUUACCCAACGACGAUAUCAAUCUGCAACUUGGAUUGCCACAGGUGAACGGAGUGUCGUUUUGCGACGUCAUCGACUCGCUCGAAAGCUUGCCUGAUAUUGCGGACGAUCUCGCUAAUAAAUUAAGGUCGCUCGUCGGAUUGAUCUGGGAUCCAUGGUUGAACGUCGACGCGAGUGGGCUGCUCGACAUGAUUCAGAAGACGUUCGCGGAUGCUACGGAUGGGUUCUCCGCCACCGCCGCUCUUGGAAGCGCGCGCGGUGUUCAAAGCGCGGAUCGAGCUGAACUUCUCGCUCAUCUUCGCAAUAAUGUUAAGAGAGCAUUUGAAGGCAAGGAUCUUGUUGAAAAGUCGAGUAUUUCUGGAACGCGCGGUAUUUCUACGUCCCCCGAUGUCGCUUCGCUUGGUGCCGAGUCUGGUUACUGUCACAAAAUUCCAUUUCAAGUGUUCAGUGACUACGAAAGUCCGAGCCCUGAUAUGCCUUGGCCGGAAAAGUUUGCGAAUGACACGAACGCACCAAAUGCUUUUCGCGUGAAAUUUCCGGCGCUGCACGUUGCAUUAUGUCAAAAACUCCAUGAAUUCGAUGUUCCCCACGAGGUGGCUGUGAAAUUGAUUGAAGUCUUCUUGAAAAUGUUCGACGCUAUGUUCGAUGCGAUUUACGACGCUUCUGGAGUAAAAGGAGUCGUUCAAAGCAUUAAGGACAUGGGGGAGCAAAUCACGGGACGAAAACUUCUUGGCGAAGAGGCGAACACUAUGCGCGAACUUCAAGCUGAGCUACAUGUGCAGCUAAAGGAGACAGAAACAACGUUUUAUCAAGAACUUGUCGUUUUGCAUGAAAUUUUCAACACGGGUGCAGACGGAUUCAAACCUUCGGUCACGAGUCAACUGGGUGUCGCAUCGGCAAAAGUACGCGGCGAGGCAGCCCUCGGUGGUAACACAUUUGAAGACGUAUUUGAAGCAUUCCGAGAUGAUCUCACCUCAGCGUUGCAUCAAAUGAAACACAUGAAAAUCCGAGCAACCAGCACGCUGGAGUACGGUUUGUCGUUCGGUGUCGACGUGUCGCACAUUUUGUUUCGUGAGGGAGAAAUACUCAGCGAGUUCGUUGGAAAGAAAGAUACUAUUUCACAGGACUUGAUCAUGCCGAUAGCUCCUGGUCUGUUCGCAGCAGUUUCCGUUGAAUUGGAUGUUCGUCUGCCGUACUACUUCCGCGCGGAAGUGGAAGGCUCGUUUGAGUUCGAAGUUUCCAUUGCAUUUCCCAUCACUGUAUCACUCGGAAGCGACACAGGCGCAACUUCUGUCAAUUUUGGUUCGCCACAGAUAGACAUCACAAGCCCACUGGACGGGUAUGCCGUUGCUGGCAUGCAAAUCGGCGUAGUGUCUGAGAUUAUCAGCGCAUACGUCGCGCUUUGCGCCGGUGCAGUGUGCGCAGGACCUGAUAUUCAAGCGCGACAGGAUGUCUACAUUGGGCUAGACAUGUUUGCUCACGUACAGGAAGGUAACGCGACGUGUCAUGCAGGACCCGAAACGCUUACCGCAAUGUGGACCGACUGGGAUUACAAAUAUGAAACGAAGAAUGAGUGUCGUCGUAGCCAAUUGGGCACAGGGGCUUAUUUGCAAAUUCCGAAGACUGUCUUGGCGGCGCAAGUCGCCGUCAAGCCUCUUCCUACAAUCGAAACACCAGCCGGUAUGGAACCGGUGGUGACUCUGAUUGACUUCCAGCCAAUCAUCAAUGCGGCUCACAGCACUGAUGGAAACUACCUCGUGGAGAAGUUAGUGAGUGCGUGCACAAAGCCUCAAGAUACGCCUAUCGAUGCGUGUAAUCUCGCGUGCCAGUUCACAAAAUCAGCUCCGCAUCCUGUCCCAGCGGACAUCAAAGCGUUGCAGGAAGAAGCGCACGCAUCAAAGUCCUUCCAACCACCUCCACCAUCUCCACCACCACCGUCUCCACCACCACCGUCUCCACCAUCUCCACCACCACCGUCUCCACCACCACCGUCUCCACCACCACCGUCUCCACCACCACCGUCUCCACCACCACCUCCAUCCUUGUACAGUUAUCUUUCCGGUGGCAGUUGUAGUCAUGACUGGAGUCCAGAAGUUGACUGGUGUAAGGCAAAUAGUAAAUGUACCGCAGUUGGGAGACAGUCGAACGGUUGCUGGCAUAGACUUCAAGGCGACGUAGCUGACGAACAGUUAUUGCGCAGGUAUAAACCGCUCCUUCAACGCAAAAACGGAUUUCAGUUGUUUUACUUGGUUAGCGGUGGAUGUGGCAAGUCCUUCGAUGCGGUGAGAUGGAUGUGUCGUAUUAAAAAAGGUUGUGUAAGUUUCGGAGAGCAGGCAAACACAUGUUGGCACUUGCUCCAACAGGAAGGACAACAUUAUAAACCCCUGACUUGGUACACGCGUGGUUUGUAUUUUUUGUGA